AUGGGGAUGAACAACAUACCUGAGGACGAUUGUAAUUCUAACACCGGUCUGAAUAAAAAACUAAGUCAUAAGCAAUGGAAAAAGCUAAAAAGAAAGCUUCACAGACAGGCACUUGCCAAACAGAAGGAAUCUGAAGAAAAGACAGCAGUGUCAUCAGAGAGUGAGGGACAAGAGGCAUCAGAAGAUGAAAAGGAAAGGUUAAGACAGCACGAGCUGUGGUUAGAGAGAGAACGCCAAGCCCAAGCUGCAUGGAAGGCCAAGAAGGAGUGGGAAGAAAAAGAAAGACGCAGGAAAGAAGAAGAAGAAAGAAAAAUUCGAGAGGAAUGGGAAGAGCAGCAAAAGAGGGAAGCUGAGGCAGAAGAGAAGAGAAGGAAGGAGGAGGAAGAGAAGAAGAAAAGACAGGAUGAACUGCUGCAGAAAGCAACAGAGAAUGAAAACAAGGAUGUGUGGCACAACCCACUAGCCCCAGUGCAGUACAGUGAGGAGAGGAAGGUGGAGAACUGUCCAUUUUUUAUGAAGACUGGUGCAUGCAGGUUUGCAGAAAGAUGCUCCCGUUCACAUCCAUUCCCAGACUCCAGCGUGACCUUGUUAUUUCCUGGAAUGUACACACACUUUGGUUUACAGGAAAGCAUGAGGGACGAGUAUGACACAGACAUCAGCCUGGAAUACGAGGAGUCAGAGACCUACCAGCACUUCAAAGAGUUCUACGAGGACGUGUUGCCAGAGCUGAAGGCUGUGGGGAGGGUGGUACAGUUCAAGGUCUGCUGUAACCACGAGCCCCACCUGAGAGGAAAUGUCUACGUUCAGUUUGCCAGUGAGGAGGAAGCAAUACGGGGCUUUGCUGCCUUCAAUGGCCGCUGGUAUGGAGGUCGUCAGCUACAGUGUGAGUUCACAGUUGUCACCAAGUGGAAAGGGGCGAUAUGUGGCCUAUUUCACAUGAAACGCUGCCCGAAAGGCAAAAACUGCAACUUCCUUCACGUCUUCCGCAAUCCCAAUGGUGAGUUUCGUGAUGCAGACAGGGACUUUGAAUUUGCAUCAUCUCAGAGACAUGAAGGAAGAAGCGAGCGUGGUUCAUCGAAAAGGGACGACAGACAGUUUUACUCUGAACGAGGCUAUCGUAAUGGCAGGCGCAGAUCCUCUUACAGAGAUCGUGAAGAUGAUAGUUAUUACAGACGAGAAAGCCAUUCGCAAUCUUACAGAGAGGAUGACAGAGACGGAAGAGAUCAAAGAAGAAGGCGCAGAUCAAGGUCAAAAGACCGGUCAAGGUCAAGAGACAGAAGAAGGUCAAGGUCAAAUGACAGACAAUCGCCAAAGCAACACUAUCAUGAUUCAAGAGAUAAAGGUGACUUUAAAAACAGAUACAAAAAUAGAUCAGACAGAAAUAGUGGACAAUCACCCUCACUUCAUAGAGAAACACCCAAAAGUCAUAGAAGUAGGUCAAGAUCAAAGCAUCAUAGUAGGCAUAAAUCAAGGUCAAGGUCAUGUUCUAGUUCUGAUAGAGAAAGAACUGACCAUGUACAGACAGACAUAAAAGAUACAGAAAUAGAAAACGGAUCAAGUUCUAGGUCUCUACUUCCCAGAGCAAGGACAAGGUCAUUAUCGUCUGAGGGUCAAAGGUCAGAUUCUUCAGAGCAUAAAAGAAAAAGCAAACGGACAUAUUCGAAAUCCAGGUCCAAAAGUAGGUCAAGAUCCAGAUCUCAGUCAAGAGAUAGGAAAAGAAAACAUAAGAAAAAACACAAAAAGAACAAGAAAAGUAAAAAGAAGAGCAGGUCGGACAUGGAGCAGUCUGUUUUAAUAACUAGCCCAGACUUGGACAAAGAGCAUAGAGAAGUUGACUUAGUCUCAGAGAGUGGAGAUUGAAUUUAAAUGAUGUUUAUUUACUUGACAAAAACAAUAAUGAUUUCAUUAGGAAAACAUCCCCAUUACAGCUGGGACAUCACUUCAUUUAUUAUUUUUUUUUUUUUUUGUAAUGCAUUCUUAUUUACCUUAUAUACUGACUAAUUUUUACCUUAGUUACAAAUAAGAACAUACUUUUCUUCAGUUAUUUUUUAAGUCAAGAAGAAACUGAAAGGCGAUCUGUGCCAUUGGUCUGACUAUUGUUUUGAAACAUUUGGAAAUAAAAGCUGAAAUAUCCACGUAUCUUUCUUGGAAUUAUCAUUAAAAUCUACCACAAAGUGGGGGUUAAAAC